ACCUCAGCGAUUGCCCGUCCCACAUGAUUUGACUCAUAGGUCCUCUUUUGUCCGUAAGCAGUUGUCUUAGAAGAGAAGAAAGGGCUCUCAGAUGCUAUGUCUGUCCAGGGACUCAACAGAACAAUGGAAUAUUAUUCCAAUACAGAAAAUUUGGAUGAGGAUGGAUAUACUCAAUUAGACUUCAACUCUAGAGACAACUCCAGGAGACCUAUAGUCUCAAAGAAAGGAACUUGUGCUGCAUCUCCUCGUUGGUGUGUCAUUGCUGUGAUUUUGGGGAUCUUAUUCUUGAUAACACUGGUGAUAGCUGUGGUUCUGGGCACCAAGGCUGUUUGGAGGUCCUACUCAGGGAGCAACCCACUGGAGAACAACUUUUCAUCAAGAAGUAACCAGAACCAGAGCCAACCCACACAAUCAUCUUUAGAAGAGAGUAUGUCUCCUACCAAGGCUCUCACAACCAGAGGAGUUUUUUCCAGCCCUUGUCCUCCUAACUGGAUUAUACAUGAGAAGAGCUGUUAUCUAUUUAGAAAGUCACAAGAUUCCUGGGAUAAGAGUAAAAAACAAUGCUCUCAACAGGGCUCUAGUCUGCUGAAGAUAGACAGCUCAGAAGAAUUGGAAUUUAUAAGGAAGCAAGUGUCUUCCCAACCUGAUAAUUCAUUUUGGAUAGGGCUUUCUCGCCCUCAGACUGAAGGACCAUGGCUCUGGGAAGAUGGCUCAACAUUCUCUUCAAACUUAUUUCAAAUAAGAAGUACAGUUAACCUGGAAAGCUUAUCGCACAAUUGUGUAUGGAUUCACCUGUCAAUCAUUUAUAACCAACUUUGUAAUGUCCACUCAUACAGUAUCUGUGAGAAGACAAUUGCAAGAUAAUGGGGAGGGAGUGGAGAAGGGCAGAGAAACGUGGGGUAUAAAUAUUGAAAAUGUUAAGAGGCGCAAUCACUCCAACAAACUUUAUUAUCUUAGCUGAGAAACAGAAUGGAGAGGCUGUGAUUUCUACAUUUACCAAUCAGCGUUAUAUUCUAGUUAUAGAGCCUCAGAGCUGGACUCAGGGCAGCUGAAUUUGAAUUUCCAUUCUAUCAUUGAGUUAGUAUUUACCUGAGAUAAACCACAAAUCCUUUGUGUUUUAAGGGAAUAUUGAUUUCUGACUCUAUCAGAGUCUUUUAUUGUCCCCCCUCCCCAAAAAGUUAAUUACGUUAGACACUGUGUGUUUCCAUGUUGCUCUUCAACUUCUAGUAAUAUUUCAGACAUAGGUGGGAUGCAAAAUGUAUUUCUGAAUGGCUAAAUGAAGAAAUGAGAAAAGUCUUCACUUCAAUCAGAACAAUUUUAUUGUUUUCUACAAGAUCAUGGCCAUGAUCAUCAUCAAUAAACUACUACACCAGCCUUCCCCUCUGACCAAUUAAAUAUCUCAGAGAAUAUGUCUGCCACACUUCUGAUUAAUAGGCUCCUGUAGUGCAUUGGUUAAGAGCUCAGCUGCUAACCAAAAGGUAGGCAGUUGGAAUCCACCGGCUGCUCCUUGAAAACCCUAAAGGGCAGCUCUAGUCUGUCCUAUGGGGUUGCUAUGGGUCAGAAUUGACUCGAAGGCAAUGGAUUUUUUAUUUUUUUAUAAUAUGAAAUUGUAGGGCAACUGCUCUUACAGGGGAUAAGUCUCCUUUUUAAAUUGUAUCAAUCAAAAAAUAAAUAAAAUC